ACAAGAUGAACCUAGAUGAACCUAGGUUUUUCAUUGUUUUUAUUCUAGGUUUCUUAAUGUGACCGGUGUCUGGAGUUCACUGUUGGCCUUUGAUGAUGCAUGACUCCUUGCUGAGGUAAAAGAGAUAGUGCCAUGUAAGCCAUGACGACCUCGCUUAAGGAGACGUUGUGGGUAACUCUGGAGGAUUUGAGGGAGGAGGAAUUCAAGCAGUUGAAAUGGCUCCUCCAGCAGAUGGACAUCAUGCACACAAUCACCCCACAUCUUGAAACCUACCCAGCCAUCGCUGUGAGCAAACUGGAGAAGGCAGACAGGCAAGACACCGUCGCUCAGAUGGUGCAGAUCUACGGCCCUGACAGAGCUCUGGAGGUGACCCGGAAGGUUUUAGUCAAAAUCAACAGAAAUGAUCUGGUGCAGAGAUUACCAAACUUCUCCUCUACAUCAAAAGUAGAUGUUAGUGAUGUGGGGACUAGUUCUGACAAUAGACACCUGGCCACUACAGACAGUCAGAUCGGAGAUUUGAUGGUGCUGGUACCAAAGCCUCCACAGCCAAUCACAUCGUACCAACAAGUGCUCCAGUCUAAUCUUCAGAACCGUUUUCUGUGUGUACAGGAAGGACUGUCAGAUAUGGAGGAAAAAAAACUUCUGGAUGAUAUCUAUACAGAGCUCCACAUCACAGACGGAGGCAACAUGCAAAUUAACAGGCAACACGAGGUCAGGCAGAUUGAGACGGCAUCGAGAAGGCCAGCUGGAGCAGAGAUAUCAGUCAAACCCAGUGAUAUCUUCAAACACCCCUCUGGAAAAUACAGACCCGUCAGGACAGUGCUGACCAAUGGGAUUGCAGGAAUCGGGAAAACAUUUCUUGUGAACAAGUUCAUCCUCGACUGGGCUGAAGGAAGAACCAAUCACGAUGUGCAUCUCAUAUUCCCCUUCAGCUUCCGCCAGCUGAAUUUACUGAAGGGAAAAAGGGUUUGCCUCGCCAAACUCAUUCACAAAUGUAUUAGGGAAACCAAAGACAUCAAAGAGGAGGCUCUUAAUUAUAUCUUCACAGUGUUACAGAUGUCAGGAAACACCAACUAUGACAAGAGUAAAUUUAAACUUCUGUUUGUGUUGGAUGGACUAGAUGAGAACCGUCUUCAACUAGACUUCACCGCCAAAGCAGAAAAGACUAUUGAUGUGACAAAGUCAACUAAGGUGGAAGAACUACUGAUGAACCUCAUUAUGGGUACUCUGCUUCCCUCUUCUCGUCUUUGGAUAACAACACGACCUGCAGCAGCCAAUCAGAUCUCUCCAGAGUUUGUCGAUAUGGUGUCAGAAGUGAGAGGGUUCACUGACCCACAGAAGGAGGAGUAUUUCUCCAAGAGAUUCAAUCACAACGAGCACGCUGGCAGCAUCAUCUCCCACAUCAGGGCAUCGCGAAGCCUCAACAUCAUGUGCUACAUCCCAGUCUUCUGUUGGAUCACCGCUACAGUGCUGGAGGACAUGCUAAAAGCCAAUGAGAGAGUGGAGCUGCCCAAGACUCUGACUGAGAUGUACACAGAAUUCCUGGCCUUUCAGAUGAGACAGACGAAAGAGAAGUAUGGCACAAAAAAGACCAUUCGGUACAUUCAGUCACUUGCAAAACUGGCUUUCUACCAGCUGGAGAAAGGAAACAUAAUCUUCUAUGAGGAAGACCUAAAAGAUAGUGGAAUUGAUUUCAACGAAGCCUCUGUGUACUCCGGGGUUUUCACACAGAUCUUUAAAAAGGAGCGCUGGUGGAAGAAGGACAAGGAUAAGGGCCGAAUGUUCAGUUUUGUCCAUCUGAGCAUUCAAGAAUUUCUGGCUGCUUUUUAUGUGGAGGCCUCACUCAUUAACAGCAGCAAGAACGUGCUGGAUGAAUCCCAACCACACUCUAAAAGUCUGGGGAUGCUUUUCCGCAAAACAUCUGCAGCAGAGGUCCAUAGGAUCGCCAUUGACAAGGCCUUAGAGAGUCCAGAGGGACAUUUGGACUUAUUCCUCUGUUUCCUGUUCGGCCUCUCAUUGCAGACCAAUAAAGAUUGUCUGGCAGACCUACUUAAAAAAGAAAGAAAGAAAAGAGCGAGCUCACACAGCAACCAGGAAACAAUCCAGUACAUCAAGAAUAAGAUCAAGGAGAGUCCGUCUCCAGAGAGAAGCAUCAACUUGUUUCACUGUCUGAAUGAGCUGAAUGAUCAUUCUCUAGAGGAGGAGAUACAGGAGUACUUGAAUUCAGGAAGCAUCCCUAGAAGAUAUCUCUCUCCUGCUCAGUGGUCGGCUCUGGUCUUCAUCUUACUGUCAUCAGAAAAAAAGCAUGAGGUGUUUGACCUGAAGAAGUACUGUACCUCAGAAAACGUGUUUCAAGACCCCAUUGCAUACCUGUUGAGUCACUGUAACCUCUCAGAGAGGAUUUGUGAAGCUCUGGCCUCAGUUCUCAACUCCAGGUCCUCCAGUCUACGAGAGCUGGACCUGAGUAACAACAACUUGCAGGAUUCAGGAGUGAAGCGGCUCUCUCCUGGACUUGAGAGUCUGCACUGUAUGCUGGAAUCUCUCAGGUUGUCAGGCUGUCUGGUCACGGAGGAAGGCUGUGAUUCUCUGGCCUCAGCACUGAGCUCCAACCCCUCUCAUCUGAGAGAGCUGGACCUGAGCUACAAUCACCCGGGACACUCGGGAGUGAGGCUCCUGUCUGCUGGACUGCAGGAUCCACAGUGGAGACUGGACACUCUCAGGGUCGAGCCUGGUAGAGUUCGCUGGUUGAAAUCUGGUCUGAAGAAGUAUGCCUGUGAACUCACACUGGAUCCAAACACAGCAGACAGAGACCUCGUCCUCUUAGACGACAACAGAAAAGUCACUCGGGGGAGAGAGGAGCAGCUGUAUCCAGACCACCCUGAGAGGUUUGCCGGCUGGUUUCAGCUGCUGUGCACACAGGGUCUAACCGGUCGCUGUUACUGGGAGGUGGAGUGGCAAGGGAGUGUUUGUGUUGCAGUGACUUACAGAGGAAUCAGCAGGAGUGGAGAAGAUGUCGACUGCUGUCUUGGAUGGAAUGAAAAGUCCUGGACUCUGGAGGUCACUGAUGAUGGGUACUAUAUUCGGCAUAAUAGAGUUUUAACAGACGUAAUGCUCCACCCCCUUGACACAACCAGAGUAGCUGUGUAUCUGGACUGGCCUGCUGGCACUCUGUCUUUCUACAGAGUAUCCGAUGAUACACUGGCACACCUCCAUACCUUCUACUCCACGUUCAGCGAACCCCUCUAUCCCGGCUUCUGGAUUGAGUUAAACUGCUCAGUGACUCUUUGUCAGGUGGAAGAGCUGUCACCUGCUGCUGACUAAAGACUUAAAUCCACUUAUUUACAUUGUUGCCUAGAGUUAGAUGUGAAUAUCGACACCACUCCAAAUUGUCUGAUGAACUUAAAGACGCAUGUUCGAAUAAAUGCACAAAUAAAAAGUGACAGGCUUAUAGCACGCUAACAGUUUUUUCCUUAUUAGCAUUAAACAGGUACAUACAUUAGUUUUAAUUGGUAAUCAGUACAGAGUCUCCUGACAUACUGACUCACCUCCACAUUCACUGUUGAGGCUGGCGGAUGGCCUGGAUCCAAGGAAGGGGUUCAGAUAUGGGCUCUGUGCAAAGGUAACAUAGUCCACCUGAAAGUAACAUUAUUAUGUAACAUUAGAUUUUUACCUAAUUUCACUGUAGUAUACUCAACUUUUUAUGCUGCGCAAAUGCUGUGCAAA